AUGAGGAUAUCCACCACCUCCUGUCUCUGUCCCUUCCUGGUCUGCCUCUGCUUCUUUCAGAGGUGCUAUGGGGCGAGCCACCACACUCCUGCCAAAGUGCCCUCCAAGAACCAGACCAAACUGGCCAACGGUGAGACAGAGGUGCACCACAGGCCCAAACGGGGCUGGAUCUGGAACCAAUUCUUUGUUUUAGAAGAACACAUGGGACCAGACGCUCAGUAUGUCGGAAAGCUUCACUCCAACUCCGACAAAGGGGAUGGCUCCGUCAGGUACAUCCUGAGCGGGGAAGGAGCUGGGACUAUAUUUAUCAUUGACGAGGUGACAGGAGAUAUCCACGCCACGAAGAGCCUGGACCGGGAAAGGAAAACACACUAUGUGCUACAUGCGCAGGCUCUGGACCGCAACACAGAAGAAGCUCUGGAACCAAAGUCGGAAUUCAUCAUCAAAGUACAAGACAUCAACGACAAUGCCCCCAAAUUUCCAGACGGACCCUUCGUAGCAUCUGUGCCUGAGAUGUCUGAAGUGGGUACGUCGGUUAUCCAAGUCACAGCAACGGAUGCCGACGAUCCCACGUACGGAAACAGUGCCAGGAUAGUCUACAGCAUUCUCCAAGGACAACCCUAUUUCUCAGUUGAUCCCAAAACAGGAAUCAUCAGGACUGCCUUAGCCAACAUGGACCGGGAGGCCAGAGAACACUACGCUGUCGUCAUCCAAGCCAAAGACAUGGCAGGCCAGGUUGGAGGCCUCUCCGGCUCCACCACCAUCAACAUCACCCUGAGUGAUGUCAACGAUAACCCGCCCAAGUUUCCCCAAAAAAAUUACCAGCUGUACGUUCCUGAAUCGGCUCAAGUGGGGAAACCGGUGGGGAAAAUCAAAGCCAAUGACGACGACCUUGGCGCCAACGCAGAGAUCAGGUACAGCAUCAUUAACUCGGAAGGGGCCAACAUGUUCUCCAUAUCCACCGACAAAGACACAAGAGAAGGGAUCAUUAGCCUCAAAAAGCCCCUGAACUACGAGAGGAAGAAGACAUACACUCUCCACAUUGAGGGGACGAACACGCACGUGGAUCCCCGUUACUCCUACCUGGGUUCUUUCAAAGACACUGCCGCCCUUAAAAUCACAGUGGGGGACGUGGACGAGCCGCCGGUCUUCACUAUGGAUUACUACAUCAUGGACGUUUACGAGAACGCUCUGAUCGGCACCGAGGUGGGAACUGUGACUGCUCGGGACCCCGACAGCAGGAACAGUCCUGUCAGGUAUUUCAUGGACAGCAAAGAGGAUGGAGUGAGGUACUUCAAUAUCGAUGAGGACAGCGGCAUUGUGAGGACUACCCAGCCUCUGGACAGAGAAGAGAUGCCUUGGCACAACAUCACUGUGAUGGCUUCGGAGGUUGACAACCCCAGCCUUCUCAGUCAAGUCCCUGUCACUGUUCAGGUACUGGACGUGAAUGACAAUCCACCAGAAAUAAAAACAGACGAGGAAGUCAUCGUUUGCGAAAACUCAAGGCCUGGACAGGUGAUCCAGACUGUCACAGCAGUGGAUAAGGACGAUUUCGCAAACGGACAGCGGUUUUCCUUCGCCCUGCCAAGCCAGUUACCGGCUAAUCCCAACUUCACCCUGAAGGACAAUGAAGGUAAUACUGGAACUUCAAAACUACCAGAACAACCACAGGCGGCCAAAAUGACUACGAGAACGACCGGGAUUUCACUUCCAGACAGCACAGCCAGCAUCAUCACCAGACGGAGGCGUUUCAACCACCUGACCCAGGAGCUUUAUGAGCUGCCCAUCGUGGUGUGGGACGGCGGGGAGCCGUCACUCAGCGGCACCAGCACGCUGACCCUACGCGUGUGCCCGUGCCAGCGCUACGGCAGGAUCCGGACCUGCCAGGGCGAGGCGUUCCUCUCCUCCGCUGGCCUCAGCACCGGGGCCCUCAUCGCCAUUCUACUCUGCAUCCUGAUCCUGCUGGCUAUCGUGAUUCUCUUCAUCACCCUGCGUCGCAGCAAGAAGGAGCCUCUCAUCAUCUCCGAGGAGGACAUCCGUGAGAACGUGGUCACCUACGAUGAUGAGGGCGGGGGCGAGGAGGACACGGAGGCGUUCGACAUCAUCGCCCUGCGGAACCCGGCCGCUGCUGAGGAGCUGAAGUUUCGCCGGGACGUGCGCCCAGAAGGGAGGCAACACUGCAAGCUGCCCCGCGGUCAGCGGAGCCCCUCGAUGGAGCUGGAUGAGGUGGGGGUGCACAAUUUCAUCAGACAGAGACUGGUGGAGGCGGACCUGGACACCAGCGUGCCGCCCUACGACUCCCUCCAGACGUACGCCUACGAGGGCCAGGGUUCGCCCACCGGCUCCAUCAGCUCUUUAGACUCACCCGGGACACACUCGGAGCAGGAUUAUAAUUACUUGGAUGACUGGGGACCCGAAUUUCAGAAACUGGCGGAACUCUACGGAGAGGCAGAUUCAGACGUGACAACCUAG